AUGGCGCUUUACUUUAAAGUUGGAACCUUCGAUGAAUAUCACGUUGACGAGGACUACGUCGCCACCAACUUGCGUGUCCUAAGCGGCCGCACAGCUUGGUGCGACAUGCUGGAAGAGGAGCAUCGAGCUGACGAGGCCUACGUCGCCACCAACUUGCGUGUCCUAAGCGGCCGCACAGCUUGGUGCGACAUGCUCGAAGAGGAGCAUCGAGCUGACGAGGUCUCUGACGAUUUCAGUCUCUUUCUGCCGUGGAUCCUGGCCGAUUACGAAGAGGACUUGACGGUGCGUGUGAUAGUGCACCUCUGA